GCUUAGCUCUAACGCGUACCCUAAUCUUCUCGUUACAUUUGUUAAACGAUCAAACGCACAGCACGAAUCCAGCUGUUACCAGCUGGAGUUCAUCCAGCCGUUGCCGUCAGCACCCGCCUCAUACUAGGACACGGCGAACAUAAAAGCUGCGCAGAGAUCAGCGAAUAGUUUAAGUAGUUCUUGAGUUCGUGUGUGCACCAGCAGACGCUAACGAUUUGACCUCUUUCAAAAACCGACCUCCUCGCUGGCCCACCUUUCCCCGCUCUGACCACUUUACAUUUGACUUAACGCUAUCAGCAUGCGGCUUCGGACUAUUGCCGCUGUUAACGUUGUGGACGUUCAGAAAAGGAGAAAUCCCUCCAAACACUACGUGUUCAUCAUCUCAGUCACCUACUGUGAUUGCACCUCCCAGCUGCUCUUCAGGAAAUACAGCCAGUUCUUUACCCUGCAGAUGAAGCUGCUUGAUUUGUUUCCAGUGGAGGGGGGACAGAGAGAUCCCAAACAAAGACUCAUUCCCUUUCUCCCAGGUAAAGUUCACUUUGGUCGUAGUCAGAUCAGAGAUGUGGCCAAUAGGCGACUGAAGCAGCUGGAUAAUUAUUGCCAGGCUCUGAUGCGCUUACCUUCUCACAUCUCUCAGUGUGAAGAAGUGCUAGAGUUCUUUGAGCCAAAACCAGAGGAUCUCAGUCCCCUUACAGAGGACUCCAACUCCCCCAAGAACAUACCAGGGGCAGAGUAUGGUGAGGCUGUGGGUGGAGACAAGUAUGCAUGUGUGUUUGUGGUGGCAGCGGAUUACCAGCAGCAGGAGAAUAGAGAGGUCAGCCUCCGUGCUGGAGAACGGGUGGAGGUGAUCGAGAAAAAUGACAGUGGGUGGUGGUUUGUGAGCACAGCAGAGGCGCAAGGCUGGGUUCCUGCUACAUACCUGAUAUCUCUCAGAGAACACCAUGAUGAUCUCAGAACACCAAAUGCAGACACAGGACAUUAUGUGACAGUAACAGCCUACAGUAGUUCAGACAAGAAUGAUUUAGCAUUUGAACCUGGAGAAACCGUGGAUGUCAUUCAGAGGAGCCCAGGCGGCUGGUGGUUCAUACGCUCUGGGGGGAAAGAAGGUUGGGCUCCUGCUGCCUACCUGAGGAAGGUGCAGGAUGUUGUUACCCCGAGUGACCAGGCUAUUGCCAUGGAAACUAAUAGAGCACCUGUGUUUGGCCAAGUGGAGAUCAUUGGAAAUCUGAUGGAUAUUAGUAACUUGCUGAACAGGAAACCUGCAAAUGACACACACAUUCUGAGCAAUCCACACUCCUCAAACAACACAAAAAUCCUGAGCAAGACACACUCCACAAACGAUAUACACACUCUGAGCAAUAUAAACUCCACAAAUGACACACUCACCCACUCAGGUAGAAAUACAGACACACUAGCAGACAUGAGCCCAGCAGAGCAACCGGUGUCUGAUCCAAGCAUUGAUUCACACAGCAGCAUAAAGUCAGAGACCACAAAGAACACUCACACCCCCACACACAGCAAUACACACAUGUCCAUAGACAGUAAUACACACACCUCCACAGACAGCUCCAUGCACACUGAGGACAUUGAUGAAGUUAGCAAAUCUAUCUUAGAUGGCACAGGUUCAGACACACAUUUACUCAGAGAGUGUGAAAAAUGUCCUAACUACAGCCUGCACACACACGCAUCUGCUAUAGAUGUGGAAGAUCCAGACACAAAUGUGUGGGCGUCCGUCCUGGAAGGGAGUACGAGUGCGUCUGUUACAGAGCCAAGUGUGUGUUGUCCCAGUGUGUCCAUGCCAAAGGCUCACCCUACCCCUUCCAUCGCCUGGGUAUCACCACAGAGAUUCCACAGUGUAGAGAACGGCUCUUCAGCUUACAGUCAGAAACACCCUCCCCGUCGUGAAAACAGCCUGGGGUUUCAGCUGCCUCAGCCUCCAGAGCCCCCUUGUGUGCCUGCAGAGUACUACACCAUUGCAGAGUUUCACUCAUGUCUGACUGACGGCAUCAGCUUCAGUGGAGGGCAGAGAGCUGAGGUAAUAGAGAAGAACUCAGGUGGUUGGUGGUAUGUGCAGAUUGGUAAUAAGCAGGGCUGGGCUCCCUGCUCCUACAUUGACAAGCGUAAAACACCAAGCUUAAACCGGCGAACAAGCACCCUCACACGCCCCAAAGUCCCACCCCCUGCUCCACCAAUCAAAAAGCAGACCUCACUUCCAUGUAUAGAGUCAGAGAUAAUGACCCAUGAGGAGGAACGGGUAUACGAGGAGCCAGAGUAUGAUGUUCCAGCUGUGGGCUUGGAGUUCGAGUUCCUGCCUGGAGAUGUGAAAGCCUCAGACCUCUCUUCUUUACAGUCUGCCAUCUACAGGAUUGACCAGGAUCUGCAGAGACAAGGUAGAAAAGACCAAUAUCUGUAUAAAAAUGACAUGGUUGGAGUCAUUACACAGAACCUUGAAACCAAACACUUACAGACACAGUCACCCGGUGGAGUGUGUCAGAGGCCAGUGUGGGAUCCCCCUGAAUAUGAUGCACCUACAUUUGAACCCCACAGCCCCAUAGAGCCUCCACCCACUCUUCAGCUCCAGUUGGAAGGGUCCAAACUCAAACCCACUAUCCGGCCUAAACCCACCAACCCGGAUCUGAACUCCUUGAGGCGCAGCCUGAAGCCUGCAGAUCAGCCAAAUCAGAAUGAUUGUAGAAUCGACUCCACAUCACAUAUGUCCAACGAGUCUGACUGUGCCACAUCAGUGGACAAUUGUAUGAUCACCUGCAGCUCCUCCACUGAGCUGUCUAUCAGUACUGAAGCCAUGCCCCCUCAACUAUACCGCAGUACUGCAAAAUUCCAGCAGGAGGCAGCUGGAGAACUCAGCCUUCCAGCCGGAGUGCUGGUGGAGGUUCUGGAGAAGCAGACGAGUGGGUGGUGGUUCGUCCGUUGGGGGUCGCUAGAGGGCUGGGUGCCCACCUACUAUCUACAGCCUAUCAUACACACACACACUGCAGGUACACACAUUGGGGAUUCAGACAGUGAGCAGGGUAGGUGGGCAUGUGGGGAAAAGAAUGAGCUGUGUGGUCAGAAAAUGAGCGGUUCCAACUCAAACCUCAACCUGCAGGACUCCACUAGGCCACUGAGUGGGCUCAGUGGGGUCCCAGUGGGCCCGCAGGAAGGAAAGGAUAACACUGCCAUUGCUAAGAUCGAAGCUAGUGUUACUAAGGACAAAAAUAGUGUUGCUAAACACUAUGCUAGUGUUACUAAGAACAAGGCCAGUGUUACUAAGGACUAUGCUAGCAGCCCAUCAAAGUGGGAUACCCCACUUGGCACUACUUGGAAAAAUGAGUCUCUAGGCAUGGUCACAUCACUCUGCUCCCAGACAACCCACCGUGUCACCACUGGCACAGGUCGCUCUGUUCCUGUUUCCAUGGUGAAGCCCAAACCACAUCUCAUCCAUAACAACCUCCAUGAAGAGUAUGUUUCCAUCGCUGAUUACCAUGGUGAUGCAGAAUCAAUGGCAUUCCCAGCAGGAACAAGGCUUGAGGUUCUGGAAAGGAGCUCCAAUGGCUGGUGGUACUGCCGUACCCUUGACACCAUGCCCAACCACAGGGGCUGGGUGCCCUCCAACUUCCUGGAGAAGAAGAAGUAGGGGAAGAAGAGCAUGUCUUUCACUUAGUGUGUAAUUUUUUUUUUAAUCUAUUCCUGAAAAUAGUACUUUUCAAACUGGAAAAAACUUAUUUGCCUAAUAAUGCAUGUUUUAGUUUGUUUUAGUCGUGUUUAUGAUUGUCAUAAAUUCUAUAAUCCAUACCACAGAUUCUGUACAGAGUCAUGAGGAUUCAGAAGAGUCAUGAGUGUACAGUACAGUGUGAUGAAGGUUCAGCUGCAAAACAUUGACAUUCCACACAGAGCCAUAAUGGUUAAGUACAGUCAUGAGGAUUUAGUGCUGAGUCAAAUCAAAUCAAAUUUAUUUAUAUAGCACUUUUUACAACAGAUGUUGUCACAAAGCAGCUUUACAAAUGUCCAAGUCCAAGCCCCCAGUGAGCAAGCCAAGGGCAUCAGUGGUAAGGGAAAACUCCCUAAAACAUGAGGAAGAAACCUUAAGAG